AUGUAUAUAAAAAUACAUAGGAAGUGGCUAAAUUUAAUAUUUAUUCUAUACCUUUUAGAUAUUGUUUUAUAUAUAUCAAAUGGAGUAAUGAUAGAUGAUGAUACACCCACAAAUAGUAUGAAUCUAGAGAAAAAAAAUCAAAGUACCUCAGAAUACAAAUUAAGUACUUUUGAACCUGGUCUCAAUGAAACUUUAGAUGAUGAUAACUAUAACUAUGAAAUAGAAAGUAUGCUAGAAGGAUCAUCUGAAGAACAACUUUCAGAGGGGCAAGUUUUAGAAGCAUGUAUUUCAUUACGAGAGUCAUUUGAAAAAGAAUGCCAUAACAUCACCUUGGAAAUUCCGCUUGCUUAUUUGGUUAGUGAGUGUCGGAAUUUCUCGCCUAACAUAAGUAGAGUCAAGGAAAUAUCAAACAAAAUAGUAAGUGCACAGACAGACCUAGAUAUUACAGAUAUGCAUGAAUGCAAUACUAUGGUAGUUUCUACAGCCUUAUUUCUAUUCUCUGAUAAUAUAAAGAGGGGAUCGGAUACUAGAACUAAUUCAAUGUUCAUCUAUGAAGAUUCUAUAUAUGAAGAUGAAGACAAUGGAUCUCUAAGCUUGGAAUCACUAGACAUACACGCUAGCCCAGAGGUAGAAAAGUGA